GUUUGAUCAUUCCUUUAGCUGGAGUCGAACAGCAAACAACAUUACUAGUUGACAUAGACAUAGCAUAGCAGAACCCCAAAUAAAAUGGAAAUUUUCGGUCAGAAAGUAAGAAAACUAGCAAGAAAAAUGAAACGUGACUCGCAACAGUCGCGGCUGCACAUUCACGAACACGAGCGCACAUACAGCAGCAGCAACACCAGCCGCACCAUGGCGGGACUCGAGGACGACUCGGAGAUCCUCCUGCGCCCGGAGGGCGUCGAGGCGGACGUGGAGAACGCCCGCAAGGCCGUCGAGCGCAAGCUGAUUUACCUGUCGGAGUCGAACCGCGUGGCAGCACCAUCGCGGGCGGUUCGUCGCCAGGCACUGGAGGGCCGCAGCGGCAGCGGCGGCAAAGGACGCGGCGACGGGAAGCACACCAAGAAGCAUCUGUCGCAGGAGGCGGCAGGCAGUGGCGGCGGCGACAAGAUCCGUAGCCGCGGCAGUCACAACGUCCUCGAUUCGGCCCGGCGCAACGGGCUGUCCAUCAGCGAUGAUCAGGAGGACAGCGAGAUGGAGUCACUGUCCCGCCGCUUGCAGGAUGUGGUGCUGGAGGCCGAGCAGGCGGAGCGCCGCAUGAGCGGCGUCUAUGGGCGCCAGCAGAUGAGCCCGAAGGCCAGUGGUGGCUUCACGUGCGGCGUGUGCGGGGCGAAAUUCCAGAUCAAGUCGCUGCUCGGCGCCCACCGUCGCACCCACGACGAGGACUUUUCCGUGCGCUUCCGCUCCCACCGUCCCCGUGGCAGCAACACGACCCUGACCGGCGGCCACCUGUGCAAGUACUGCGACCGCAAGUUCGACCUCGAGCGCACGCUGCACAUCCACCAGCUGUGCCACUGCAAGAAGAUAUCGCCCCAGCUGCGCCGCAAGCUGCCCUACACGGAGCUGUUGCACGAGAAGAAGGCGCCGCUGCACGAUCAGCGGCUGUAGAUCGAUCGCCUCCCUAUGAGGGUGUGCCAUGCUUCGGCUUGCUCCUGGCCGGCAUUCUUUUGGUUUUUCCUUGUUUUGAAAUUUAACCACACGGCAGAACCCUACAGCAGACGCAAAUCUCACUUUGAAUAUUUCAUGAGUGAAGUUUCCAUUUCAUUGUUUCCAUAAAAUUGCCCCUCUCUCUCUGUCUCUCUCUCUCUCUCUCUCUGUGAAAGGAAGAGGCAUCUUGAAAUUGUU